CACAACCCAUUGGACGCGGUCUGAAGUCUUCUGCAUUUCCACCAAAAUCCAACGGCCCAAAUUUGAAGUCGGCCUCCUCCUCCUCCUUCGCCCACUCUCAAACGCCACUCUGUCCGUCCCUAACACGUUGUCUCCUCUCUCUCUCUCUCUCUCUCUCUCGCCUUCGAUCUCCCUCGUCGCAUUCCCAGAAAAAGGUAGAAGAAGAUGGCAGAAGCUGAGGACAUUCAGCCACUCGUGUGUGAUAAUGGAACGGGAAUGGUCAAGGCUGGAUUUGCUGGAGAUGAUGCUCCACGAGCUGUGUUCCCUAGCAUUGUAGGCCGCCCUCGUCACACUGGUGUCAUGGUUGGCAUGGGCCAGAAAGAUGCUUAUGUUGGUGAUGAGGCUCAGUCCAAGCGUGGUAUUUUAACUUUGAAAUACCCUAUUGAGCAUGGUAUUGUGAGCAACUGGGAUGACAUGGAGAAGAUUUGGCAUCACACCUUCUAUAAUGAGCUUCGUGUUGCCCCAGAAGAGCACCCAGUUCUUCUAACUGAGGCACCUCUGAAUCCUAAGGCCAAUCGUGAGAAGAUGACCCAAAUAAUGUUUGAGACCUUUAACACUCCUGCUAUGUAUGUAGCCAUUCAAGCUGUUCUGUCCCUGUAUGCAAGUGGUCGUACAACCGGUAUUGUACUUGACUCUGGUGAUGGUGUCAGCCAUACAGUCCCCAUUUACGAGGGGUAUGCCCUCCCCCAUGCCAUCCUUCGUCUUGACCUUGCUGGUCGUGACCUCACUGAUCACUUGAUGAAAAUUCUUACGGAGCGUGGAUAUUCCUUCACUACCACUGCUGAGCGUGAAAUUGUUAGAGACAUGAAGGAAAAACUCUCUUACAUUGCCCUUGACUAUGAGCAGGAGAUGGAGACUUCCAAAACCAGCUCUGCAGUUGAGAAGAGUUACGAAUUGCCAGAUGGGCAGGUCAUUACCAUUGGUGCAGAGCGGUUCCGAUGCCCAGAAGUCCUUUUCCAACCAUCAAUGAUUGGAAUGGAAGCAGCAGGCAUUCACGAAACCACUUAUAACUCCAUCAUGAAGUGCGAUGUCGAUAUCAGGAAAGACCUGUACGGAAACAUUGUACUCUCUGGUGGUUCAACCAUGUUUCCAGGCAUUGCUGAUAGAAUGAGCAGGGAAAUUACUGCCCUUGCCCCAAGCAGUAUGAAGAUCAAGGUGGUGGCACCACCCGAGAGGAAAUACAGUGUCUGGAUCGGAGGCUCAAUCUUGGCUUCCCUUAGUACCUUCCAGCAGAUGUGGAUUGCAAAGGCAGAGUACGAUGAGUCUGGGCCAUCUAUUGUUCAUAGGAAAUGCUUUUAAACUUUACGACAAUAGAAUCAUGGAGAGAAUUAUGUCCAACUUUGUUAUCCUUUAUGCUGUUCCACUUAUCACUGCUAUAACUUUGAGAAUCUUAGGAGUCAGAUUUGAAAUGGGUCAUUUCUUUCGCUUUUA